GUGUCGAAAGCAUCCUGGUGUUAGCAGUUAGCUAGUCGGUAACAAAAAAAAAAGAAAGUAUAUUAUGAAUAUUUUGAAAAUGGGUGACCUAUUAUCUCGACUCUAAAGAAGAUAAAGAAGACAAGGAACUACACUGACUAGUCUUUUCCAACAUGGUCUGACUGCUGAUAUCUGAGGAGGCUCGCGACAACAGCUAACUAAACAUUAGCGUUAAGCUAACGAUCAAACUUUGAUGAGCAACAGCAGAAAUUUGUGAGCUAGCUGCUUGUUGCACAUUCACUUCAGCCAGUCUAGCCAAUGAGAUAACGUGUUUGAACUGUAGCACUUGGACUAACGUACCAGCAUUAUAGGUGUUAACGUAAUUAUUGAUACGGCGAUAUUCUUACAGAUGUUAAUAUGAUAGUAGUGUGAAGGUUACUACUAAGUAAUGAUAGCUAACUUAUGAAUGACUACUAGUGAGCAGCAGAUGCUAACGCUAGCUGUUUUAACUCUGCCGUAACCUACAUACACAGACACUUAAAAUCUGAAUAUUUUAGCUUUUAAUUAACUUAAAUCGUACAUUAAACAGACGGUAUCCGCACAGUUAGACGUCUGUGUCUUUUUACUGAUUUCAGCCAUCACAUAUGAGAUAAAUAAUGCGAAGCUCCAGGAUGUCAAACACAUGGGGAUUAAAGUUAGGACAGCAGUAUUGUCUGAAAAACACAGCUGUCCAGUCAUUGCGAUAAUCCCCUGUUUUCUGGAUGAUGCUCAUACAGUAGGUUUUUGUUAUCGUUGAGCGUUGCGGUGUCUUAACUUAUAAACAUACAAGAAUAUAGGGACAGCUGCUCGGUCUGUCUUACACAGUCAGAGAAGGUUAGAGUCCACUUUCCUUUAAGUUAUGCCUGGGGACGCCUCUGAUAGUAGUGAUGACUCCGAUUCAAAAACAAACGAAAAGGCCUGCACCGUCAAGCAUCAGAUCACCAAUGGUAAGUCAAGUGUACAUCUGUAUGUUUGGCGUCUUGUAAACACACGAGGGUUUGACAUUUAAUGCGCACGACACGUAAAUAAAUAUAAUCAAUCAAUCAAACGCGCGUGUUAUACCCCUCUCAUCAUUUAAUCAAUAUAUUAAUAACACAUUGGGAGUAUGUUUAUAGAAUUAAAUCCUUGUUGCAGUGGUAAAUUUAGAGUAUAAGGUUUAACUUUAGAUAUCUGUUGUGUAUGUAUUGUGGAAUUGUAAGGCUGGGCGAUGGGAAAAAGUUUAUAACGAUAUAUUUUUUUCAUGUCAGUCGAUAUCAAUAUAUAUCACAAUAUAAAAAAUAAAAUUUAACACUGCUUAUUGGUGUCAGCUUCACGUGUUAAAGUGCUAUGGUUGCGUGUAGCUGCAGCCUGCUACCACGCAGUUGUUUGCUACUUGGUUCUAAUUCAGCACGAUUGGUUCAGUGCGAAGCGGACCCGGAGAAACUCCCUUUUCAUUGGCUAUACGUAUUGUUUACCAAAACAUGGCAGAAUGCCUACCAUCGAAAAGCAUAUUGACCAUGUUUUAUAUGAAUAUUGAGGGAAAUAAAUUUCCGAUUAAUAUCGUUAUUGUUUUAUCGCUCAGCCCUAUGUGGAAUGGUAAUUUGUAAUGUGUUUCUGCCGUGUUGACACUAUGCACGGUAGUAAACAAAAGUUAAAUCCACGAGUAAAAUCAAAACAGAUUAACUUGAUUUGUUUCAGGAAAUAAACAAAAAGUCUACUCUUUGUCAUAAUUAGAACAACUAGUGAUUUUCAGCAGGUGUUACAGUUUCCAUCACUUAGUUUAUGUAGAUCAUUAGUGAAUACUGUGUCUAGUAUCAUGAGUCUUACUGCACCCUUUGGCCAAAUUUCUGAGCAUCUAUGGGACAAACCCAAGUAACUGGUUAAAAGAAACUGUUCAUUCAGUUUGUGUUUACAUUUGCAUCCUUUUGGUGUGGACUCUGAACCAGAGAAAAAAAUAAUUGUUGCCUCAUGGUGUGUUCAUAGUCAUUGUUUAUGUCCUUAAAUAUAAUUCCUUGCAUUUACCAACAAAAAUAAAUCACCCAUGUUCACUCAGAGUGGAAAAGUGCUGCAUUAUUCUUCCUCAGGGAGUUCAAAUUUGGGGUAAGUCACUCAAAGCAGUCGCAGCAAUGCAUGUUUUCACUUGAUUGUCCUAGCAGAAAUGUAUAACAGUGCUUACUGUGAAUGGUUAGGGUGUGGAUAUGGGCUAGAGUGCAACCACCCACCAAUCUACGCAGAGCAGAAGAACAGGCAGCAUUUUUAUGUGAUGUGGUAGCUUGACUAACUGCUUCAAAGUUGAAUACACUGGCUGUUCCCUACUAUUGAUGUAGGUAAGACAUAAAAGUCCCAAUGUUGCAAGUUAUUGCACAAAAUUGACCCAGAUAUGGAUCUUUCAUCUUAAGAGUUAGGCAGCUGUGGCGCACUGGUUUGUUUUAGUGGUCAAAGCAAAUGUUCAUCAAACACAGAGGCCAGUCCUUAUUGCAACAGCUGUCACUUAAACACCUGGCCAAAUGUCAACCCCCACUUCCCCCCACAUUUCCUGUCUUAUCUAAUAGGGGCAACCUCAUAACAGGUAAAGACAUCUAGCAUACAUACGUUAUGUUCUAAUUGUGGUAUUCUCUUUCUGCUACUAGCUAACCUCACGGGUCACACUGAGAGGGUCGGCAUGGAGAACUUUGAGCUGCUCAAAGUCUUGGGCACUGGAGGUAGGUAUCCUUAUAAAACAUCUCAUAUAUUCAGCAGCACAGACACAGCAGCUGUCAAACCUGAAGAAAACUUUCAAUAAGAUGUCAAUCUGAGAUUUACUCAAAGCACACCAGAAGUGUUCUCCUGCCACGGUUUAAUAUCUUGAGGGGAAAGUGUUUCUAAUUAAUUUUCAUAGCUUGCGGAGAAAAAGUCCCAGAAGGCUCAAAUGUUGUGGUAAAGCAUUUCUUUACGUAGUGAUUUGGGAGUUGCAAAUCAUCAAAACAGCAUGAGUACUGUGUGAAUGUUUAUAAGGCAGACCAUAUGCUGUAGAUGUCUCUGUUAUUAGAUCUCAUGCAUAAUGAAUACCUUUGAGAGAUCUGAGAGGCUCCCUCUAUCAACAAAACAAGGCCUGAUUUAAUUUGGUGUACAGGAGAGUGUCUGUAUCUAUAAUCCAAAACCAGUUUCAUACUAAGAAUCUUUUGACCUAUUCUUUGUCUUUGUCUUUGUCUAGCUUAUGGAAAAGUGUUUUUGGUCAGGAAGAACACGGGUCAUGAUGUUGGACAGCUUUAUGCCAUGAAGGUAAGAUUGUUAAGUUGCUCUGAGACUUCGGAAAAUAAAAGAUGGACACUUAAUUCACUGGGUUAUGUUUUAAAUUCAAAACAGGGAGACUUCUAAAAUGUGUUAUGCAAAUGCUUCAGUGAUUUUUCUUUUAUCCAAAUGUAUUCAGUAAUACUUGCAAAGCACAUAACGAGAUGUCAUUCAAUCUAAAUGAUAUGCGAUAAAGUGACUGCUGACUGAUCUCCCUUUCAAUAAAAGCUGGCAGAGGAAAUUGAGAAAAUUAUAUGGAGCUAUUUUUCUACCUGCUAUGCAUUUAUUACUUUUUUAGAGUAUAGAAUUAGUGACACAACACAUCCUUACUCAACUUUAUGCUAAAUAUAUACAGAGUUGGCUGAAAAGCAGAACAAAAUCUGUUUAAGUGUUAAGAAAAACAAAAAGGAGGAAAAAUCAACUUACCUGGGAAGACACUUUACACUGACUGGACACACCACAUCAGUCCCUACCCCCCAAAAUUAGCACAGGGUCCCAGAUCCUGCUCAACAUAGGCCAUCUUUGUCUUCAAAAGAUCUGGGUCUCUUGAGAUCUUAUUUGCCUAUUUCUCUCAACCUCAAACCAUACAUGUACACAAAGCUCUAUUUUUAGAUUGACUCGACCCGAAACCACUGCUUGAAGAAAAAAUCCUUUUUUUUCUUAACACCAGCAAAUGUGAAGGAGUCGGUUACUCCAAGGCUGGGAAAAAGCAGAUCAGGUUCCCAGAGCUUUUCCUGUAAGCCUUAGAAAAAAAGAAUUAUAGAGUCUGUGUGAUGUUUUAAGACAAUGUCCAACUCUGUAAGAAAGAUCAAUUAUUCUCUUUGAACAAUCAUCACAGGCCUGUCUCAUAGUUCUGCGUUUAGCUCGUCCUCCAUUGCCAUUUAAAGCCCUGACGUGUUCAACACAGCCCUGCUUUGUAGGAUUCUCUGAAAGGAGAGACCGCCUUGGGAUUGACAGGAUCAGAAUCAUGGUUUCUAGAGACACAUGCUGAGUUAUUAUCAAGCUAAUUUAAGAAGGAUUUCCAUUCAGAAUUAUGUUUGGUGUUUAUCUCUUGCCUCUGAAUGUAAAAAAAACAUCUUUAACUGUUUUUUUCACUUAUUUUGAUGCUUUAAAUAAAUUUUACUGAGAUUUCCAUUUUGUUUUGUUUUUCAGACAUGAUAAAAGGUUUUGUUAGAAAAUCUCAAUGAAUGAAAACUGAAGGGAGUGUAUUUGAUUUGUCUCUCAGGUGUUAAAGAAAGCAGCCAUUGUUCAAAAAGCGAAGACCACAGAACACACUCGCACUGAGAGGCAGGUGCUGGAGCACAUCCGCCAGUCUCCCUUCCUGGUCACGCUGCACUAUGCCUUCCAGACACAGAGCAAACUUCAUCUCAUCCUGGGUGGGUUAAGGGGCACUAAAGCCAAAUAAGGACAAAUGUUGUCUUUGAGGUCUUAAGAGUUUAAUAUUCUUUCAAUGUAUUUGCCUUUCAAUGGUUUGAUGGGUUUUUGUGCAAAAUGCACGUUUGUGUAUUUAUGUAUUAUUUCUAUUCAAGCUACCUGUGUGUUUGUCUAUUUGUGUGAAUGCAGACUACGUAAGCGGCGGGGAGAUGUUCACACAUUUGUAUCAACGAGAUCACUUCUCCGAAGAGGCAGUGAGGAUUUAUAUCGGGGAAAUAAUCCUGGCUCUCGAGCACCUGCACAAGGUGGGUGUCACUCCAUCUACUUCUGCAGCUUAAAUCUACAUUUAUUGAUGUUUGGAUAGAAGGAGACAGGAGAUAGAAAAUGCAGCCUCCCAGAGAAACUGCACUGAUUUAUCCCCCCAUAUCCUGUCGUGUCUGACAUGUUUGGAGCGUUUUUGAAUUUAGGAGUGCAAAUACAGUCUCAUAUGAGCCUUCAAACAAAUGUAAGUCCUGUAUUUGUUGGUUUUUGAAAACUGUUUUAUGGUUGCCAGCUACAUGUUUGUUAAAUAAAUGUUAAAAGUAUCAUAUUCUGUACCAGGUAGCCUCAUUUUGUCUGGUGUGAAGUUCCAGAAGUAGUUCCUGUCUUUGAUUACACUCUUAAAUUAGAUCAUAUUAUUGUGCUGGGUAACAUGAAAAAAAAAAAUUCCAUUCAUAUGUAAAACACACUGAUUGGAGGAUACAGAACUGAUAGUGAGUUACUGUGGGAGCUGGGCGCGCUGAGUUUGUCACUUUGUAUUUUCUUUCAGCUCUUCAUUUUGCUGCGUAAUCACAGAGUCAUUCAAGAAAUAAAGUUAUUGUUCGGAUCCAAUAACUAUUUUGCACAUAAUGAAAAUGAUUCUGGCUACUUGACUCAAAAAUACAAGUUUUAAUCAUGUGAAAUGCUGCAGACAGUCUACAUAAACCGAAAUGUGCUCUUUAAACGUCAUUGUUUUGAAUUAAUUCACUUUUACUUAUUGUAACUUUGUGCCAGAGGACAGAAAUUCACAGGAAAAUAAUCAGAAAGAGGAAGAAGGAAUAACUAAACAUCAGAAGAUGAAGCAGAGAAGACAGACUGGUGCAGAAAAAUCUAUAAAAUGCAGGAUAUAAAGUCUUGACAUUCAAAUGGUACUGGCGAGAGUUAGCAAACUCCCACUUAUUAAAGUUCCUCGAUGCUGCUGAUUGGCAUUGAUUUGUCUUGAUAAAAAGCCAAACUUUUAUUGACUUCUAUCAAAGAGAUAAAGCUGAGCAUGUAGAUACUGUUAAACUUAAACAUUCCUUUGAGGUUAUAAUAUCUGUGCAGUUAAAUUUGCCCUGUGCUGCACUCGCUGUACUUCACUGCAUCUUUCUUCUCUGCCUGUCACAUCUCUGUUGAUGUUAUUUAGUUGUUUUUACAUCUGCUGACUUCAAAGAAGACAAUCAAAGUUGCAGCACUAUUUCUCCCUGGUAUGCACAGUUAGAUCGCGCAGAAGGCAGAAAAUAUUUGUGAUUUCCAGGGUUUUUCCUGGCUCAAAUUGAGGCAGAGGUGGCACCAUCCUGACCAUGCGCCAUGACGUGCAUAUAUUUGUAAAUUCAACUGUCUCACUUUCUUUUACAGGCAACAUACUUUAAGUUAAGAGUUCAAAAAAGAGUGUGACCAUUAUCAUGUUAAAGCAUUCAUUUAUUAAAACUAUAUACAUACACAAAUCAGCUGGCAACUUUAAAUUGAAAGUACACUUCAUCCACACAUCUCGCAACCAGACAGAACAUUUCAGCCUCCUCUUUUUCAUUCUGUAGAACCUCCUCAUGCACUCCUUGUAGUCCAAGGCCUCCUGGUCUGGUCCAUCAACAGCCACCUUACAACAGACAUCCAAGUGCCUCUCCUUCAGUCUGUUCCACAGAGGUGUCUUCACCUUAAACAAAACAAUUCAUCAUGCAUUAAGUAUUUUUGUUUUUAUUCUGAUACAGACAUGAAGAGUGAUAGUGUUUUCAAUCAUAUAUUAUAUAUAUGUAUACGCUGCAGUGUCCUCCCUAAAAAAAAAAAAACGACAACUAAUUAUUUCUUAAACUAUCUAAACUAUGUUCUUUUAGUUUUAUUUAUUUUUUAUUAAUUAUUAGUUAUUAUUUAUUAGUUGAGUGUUUUUAGGUACUACCAUCUUUAAUAUAUUUCUCCUUCUCUUCUGCUGCUUUGUGAACGGCUAUCACCUCAUGUCUUUUUAAUGUGUCCAGCCUGUAGUUGGUUGAUGGCUGUCUCACUAAGGAGGCAGCAAUUGCCUGCUGUGUUGGGGCACAGUGCUUUUGGCAUAAAUAGCAGUGCAUGCCUUCCUCAGUAUGCCUGAGCCAGGUAAAUUGAUUGAGCCAUUGCUUGUCAAAGCCACUGGCUCUGUGUUUUUGAGAAAAUCUGGAAAGAGGAAUAAAAACCACGUACACGUUGGCUUUGCGUUGUUAUGCUCCUAAUUGGAAACUAAUUAAUUAAUUACCCUCGCCUCGCCGACUCGUCCUGUCCUGCAUUCUGACCCUCGCGAUCACCAGUCCCUUGUGAAGUACUUUCAGACCUGACACAAAUUUCCACGUUGUCACCACUAUGAAUUAUAGCAUUUUAACUGCCUAUUACGUUUUUUCUCUGCUGUGUUUCACCUGGACUCUUGACUUUCCUCCUUGCGAGGUCGCUUUUUAAAGUACUGGCUGAUUUUGCCUGUCAUAUCUGCAACGCUAAAAAACGGAGGAAACUUUUUUUUUAAAUAAACACGUCAUGCUUGGAUGCAAAAAAGACAAGCAGUAUUUACCUGUUUGUACCAUCCGCCAGGGAAAAUCAGGACGCCGAUAGCACCAACUAGCGGGAAAAAAACUUGAAAAAAUUCGAUCCGUUUCUUCUUCGGUAGAGGCUUCAGGUCUUUCCGGUGCACUACUGUUGAUAUAGCGCCUCUAUAGUGGCGCAACGCUGCAACUGCAGUUAAAAUACGUUGCUGCAGCAGAGGGACAUCAUACACUCAAUCAACACAGCUGGAGCUUUACGCUGUGUUGAGCGAAAUCAAUCGCUCUGGCCGGGGGCGGCACAAAAUUAGGUGGAGGCGGCCGCCACGCAAUUUUGAACGCAGGAAAAACCCUGAUUUCUGAUUUCCAUUUUGUGUGAAACCAUGCAACAAUCUCUGUUCAGAAACAUGAAUACUUACCGUGAAUUUAACCGAGCAGUUUUCUGUAUUUUUCUGUACAGCUUGGGAUUGUAUACAGAGACAUCAAGCUGGAGAACAUUCUUCUGGACAGUGAUGGCCAUGUGGUGUUGACUGAUUUUGGACUCAGUAAAGAGUUCCUUGAAAAAGAGGCAUGUGAACAUGAUACUAACAAAUGAACACAUAUAUAAGUUUAUGUGGAAUAUGGCAAAUUGUAUAGAAGAUGUCCCAAUCACGUUGAUGUGAUAUCCAGUACUGAUACACUUGAUGCUAUUUUUGUCCCCAUUACAGAAAGAAAGGACGUACUCUUUCUGUGGCACCAUCGAGUACAUGGCACCGGAGAUCAUCAGGGGGAAAUCAGGGCAUGGCAAGGUAACCAUAGAAGAAUGAUGCAACAAGUGCUGUUGUCGUUCUUAGAUCAUGUACUCUGGCAGUGUCUAAGAUUUAUGUUGACCCUGCACUGCUUUUGUUCAUAUUUAAGUAAUUUUGGAUGUUUGAGGCAACAUUGAGCUGUAAAUCAAACUUAUGGUACUCUGCAGGUAACAUUAAAAAGUCUAUUUAUAGCUUUUUCCUUGAACAUUGUAUGCACAGAUCACCACAGAUCAGGUCAAAAGUAUUAUUGACAUUUUUGGAAAUGAAAGAGGGUCAGUGCCAGAGCAGAUAACUCAGGCUUCACAGAAAAAAAAGUACACAAAGGGAGCCUUAUCUGCUCAUAUUUUUGCUCUUUAUAUGAACUUCUUUCACCUUUUCUCCCUGUAGUCUGUCGACUGGUGGAGCCUUGGGAUCCUGAUGUUUGAGCUGCUGACAGGAGCAUCUCCUUUCACCCUGGAGGGAGAGAGGAACUCUCAGAGCGAGGUGUCAAAGUGAGUGUCACUGACUCCAUCAACAUCAAAAAUAUUCAAAUCUUACACCAACUUCAUUCUUCACCUAGAAUAUCAUUAAGUCUGAAUUUAUGUCAACCACUCUGUUGAAGGUACCUAUUCUCAUUCAUUUACCAAACACAUACUGAAGACAAAUGAUAGUCCUUGAUACAAAGAAAACUGUCUUUUUGGGUUGCAGUGAUUUAAUUUCUGCUCUUCUUUGUUCCUGUUCUGUCAGACGUAUCUUGCGCUGUGACCCUCCAUUCCCCUCCAUGAUUGGGCCCACUGCUCAGGACCUGCUAAGAAAGUUGUUGGUCAAAGAUCCUCACAGGAGGCUGGGUUCUGGACCGCGAGGGGCUGAAGACAUCAAAGCACACUCCUUCUUCAAGGUUCUUACUACCUCAGCCAGUCAGAAAUAUUUAGUGUCACUCAGUCACUUUGUCUCAUCCAUCCAAAAAUCUUUUUUUUCCUCUUUUUGUUCCCCACCAGGGUCUGAACUGGACUGACCUUGCACAGAAGAAAGUGCAGAGUCCGUUCAAGCCGGAGCUGAAGAGUGAACUUGAUGUGGGGAACUUUGCUGAAGAGUUCACAGGAAUGGACCCUGUCUAUUCUCCUGCCAGCACCCCCCCAAGCACUGACCGCCUGUUCCAGGUUAGCCUUCACUGUCAUAGUCUUUUUUAAAAGUUUACCUCUCAAAGUGAAGCUCACAACCUGAAUAUUUUUAAAACUUGGAUAAAUGUCAUGCUUAUAAAUAGAAUUAUUUAAGAAAACUGGACAAUUUUUUUCCUUUGAAACAGGUGUGAACAUAGGUAGUCUGAUUAUAUUUUUCGUAUUACUAACAGAUUGAAGAAUUCGAUAAUCUGAUUUGAAAUGGUUGUCUUCUUUCUUGCUUUUUCUGUCUCAUACCUGACAUUACUUUUCUUUUACUGUAGGGCUACUCCUUCAUCGCACCCUCCAUCCUCUUCAAUAAGAAUGCAGUCAUGGGAGACUUUGAGCCUCAGGCUGGUACCGAUCGACCAGGAUCAGCUACUGUGCAGCGCAGUGCAAUGUUACAGGUACAACAGACUUUUAGCUACUUGUAAUUCCCUCAUGUAACUAACUGCUGUUAGGUAAAUUAUCAAAGUUGUUGGAGAUUUUUUUUUGAUUUGAUCCAUUUUUUGAGAGGCUGUCUGGAGGUCAGAACUCUAAAAAGCCACCAAAUAAAGCUUAGGGGGUUGUUUACAAGUUUACUCGGAAAGGAAGAGGAAGAGAAACUAGCCUGGUUAGCCAACUUGAUUAAUCGGAGUUGGUUUACCUUAUUUCACAACAUGUUUCCUCUUUCAUAUCUCCUCUUUCAUAUCAAGUAUGAGAGUGGUUUCUGUUUCUGUUUAAGUUGGUUUCUCUUUUGCAAGUUUGAUAUCAGUAUUUAAGAUCACUGCAUCUGUUGAGAAAUGGAAAAUUUCAGGUCCAAUUUUCUACGUGCUGUUAGUCACAUCAACCAUUUGAUAAAAGCUUAAUUUGUGUGACGCAUUUAAAAGUAUGAUACAAAUCUGACCUCAUAACUUCUUUUAGCCAUGAAAAUGUUUGUUUUUUAUUGUAUUAAAAAAAAGAAUCUCACACUUUUUAUGUGUUUUCCUAAAACAAGUAAAGGAGGGCAAUUCCACUCAGUCUGCUAGUGAAAGACUCGUUCAAUGCAGUGGAUCACUUUAUUUCAAUCAAGUGUGUUUCAGGGUUUUCUAACGUCUGCUGAUGUAAAAGAAUAGUUUUCAUGUAUGAAAUAAGAUUAAAACAUUUUUCGGUAACACUUUAUUUGAUGCCUAUCUCUAUAACACAUUAUAAAAAUAUGUAUAUUUAUGAGUUAUAAUCACGUUAAAGCACUGUAUGACUAUAGUUAUAAACACUCAUAAAUGAUCAUCAUGCUUUAUAGUAAUAAUCAGAAAACAUUAUAAAGCAUUUUAUCAUGACUAACAAGGUCAGUUAUAACUGUUAACAACUCACUGACAGUGCCCACAUAGAUAAUGCAGUGCAACUGUUGUUAACAGCUAUAACACAUUAUAAUACCUCAACUUGUAAGUCAUGAUAAAAUGCUUUAUAAUGUGUUAGGGUUAUUGCUAUAAAGCAUUAUGACCAUUUAUGACUGUUUAUAACUAUAGUUAUACAGUGCUAUAACGUGAUUAUAACGCAUUAUACAUAUAUUUAUAAUGCGUUAUAGAGAUAGGGGUCAAAUGAAGUGUUACCCAUUUUUUUAAUCCAAUUCAACAACUUCCCCAUAAAGAUUUUUAGAAAGCUGCUGGGUAUUCAUUUUUGUUGACAUGGUCAGACAGGUGAUCAGUGUUAUUAGUCCAUAUAUAUUAUGGAAGAUGCAGCAAAGGUGUACAGGAGUGUGUUAUAUUAAAAAGUGAUCCUUAUAUUAUGUCCACUCAAUUAACCAAUAUGAGCGGCGCACCAUAUCAGAAACACCGGUUAAUAAAAUACACUCCAUUACAAUCUUAACUGCAACACACCACAUCUUCAACAUUUCAUUUGAAAAACAAACAGGACAGCAAAAGCUGAAAAUGUGAAAGUAGAGUGGAUGUUGUUCUGGGUUGUAUUAAAUUGCUCACGUGUACAUAAUGUCACUGCUGGCUGGUGUACACCACCUACCUUUACUGUGAGCAUACUGAGAAUGCUAGUCGCUGGGAGUAUCCCAUUCUGAGCCACGAGAAGCUCAGACUGCUUAUCAAAAUGGCAUUUAAUAAAGUCUGAACACAGUACAAUGAUCAGUGAAUUUUCAUCUGAGUGUAGGUGCAACCUGUAUGUCCAUAAAUCCAAGAGUGUUCCUGCAUAAACCCCUCUCCGAGACAUAAAUAUUGACUUUCAGGUUUUAUCUCAUAUUGGUCAGUGCACUCCAAAGUUAGAGGCUUCCUAUACCGCUGAAAGGCAAGUCUUAAGCUCAGGGAUUUUCCUUUAAAAAAAGGAAACACGGUACUUCUCCUUCAACCGCUCAAUAUAACAAAUAGUUUCCCAUCUUUUGCUCAGGAGUCCCAGUUUUUCCAGCACUAUGAGCUGGGUCUUCACGGGCCACCCCUGGGUGAGGGUAGUUUCUCUGUGUGCAGGAAGUGCCGACACAAACAGAGUGGCCUCGAGUAUGCUGUCAAGAUUGUAAGCCGCAGGUGAGUGGAGACAUUAUGCGCCUGCUAUGUUCAGCUCUCCGGUGAAUUUCACUGAAAGUCUUUGUUUACGCUGAAUGUUUUGUGGACUGUUAGGAUGGAGGCAAACACUCAGAGGGAGAUUGCUGCUUUGAGACAAUGUGAAUCCCACCCAAACAUUGUCAAGCUGCAUGAAGUCUACACUGAUCAGGUACAGUUGAAGAAACCCAGAAAGGAUAACAUGCAUUUACUGGCACAAACAAUGGUGAAUAUAGUGAAUAUACUUGUGGGGAUGGAGACUUGGGGUGACAGUAUUAACCCUUCUCUUGAAAUAUCCCUCUUCUUCGCAGUAUCACACAUAUUUAGUGAUGGAGCUCCUGCGUGGAGGGGAGCUGCUGGAGAGGAUCAAGAAAAAGAAACUGUUCGGCGAGGCAGAGGCCAGUCAGCUGCUGCAGAGUCUGGUCUCAGCUGUCAGUUUCAUGCAUGAGGCUGGAGUAGUGCACAGGGACCUCAAACCAGAGGUGGGUUAUACCAUGAUGUACUAUGAUCUACUGACUCAAUACUAAACACAAUGGUAGCCAUGUUUACGUGAGCGAAAUUUCUUGAUCUGAUUAAAAAUUUAAGGGAUCAGAAUAUCUGAAUUCACUGUUUAUACAGGCGCAAAAUCAAAUAAUCUGACCAUGACCUGCGUACACAUGCACCAAGCUUUAUUCAGAUUAUAAGCAUUUGGACAUGUGCAGAGUUGUCUAAUUUCGCUUUGACAACAGCAGGAGAAGAGUUGUAUUUCCACCUGUGCUGUCAACAAACUAACAAACCCGGUAGCGACUCACUCCAGCCGAUCCAGGAUUUUUCCCAUCACUCAGAAUGGACCUGAGCCAGGUUCUGAGAGUGGUUCUAUUGCUCCUAGCGUAUAUGGUCAUCAAGUGGACCCAGCAGCACAUACUGUUUCUGCAUUACAUGAGGAGACUGUAUCCAACAAGAAAGUUGUGUCAGACACAAACCAGUCAGGUUAGUUUUGCCCCAACAGAGAGUCACAAUCGGAAUAAGUGUGUAAUGGACGCGUUUCAAGAUAACGAUCAGCCUAAACCACUCCUCUCCAUCGGAAUAGCCGAAUCGGAUAAGAAUCUUCCUAUCAACAUGCUUACAUGUUUUAUUCUCAUGGGGCUAUUAUUCCGAUAAUUUGUGCCCAUGAAAACGCAGCUAUUGUCAUCUGUAAAUACAUUACAGGUCCCCUGUUAUGAGGAAUCCACUUUUGGGUGGUUUUCUACCAAUAAUAAGUGUCCCCUCAAAGCCUACCCCCCCCCAACAUGAAAAAAUUUCAUUCUCCCUUGCUUUCUACUCCUUUCUGAAAACAUCAGCACCAACGGGCGAAUGGAAAAGCUGUGCAGUUAUGACGACAUAUCUGCAUAAGCUCCCUCCUAGAAGACGGAAACGGGGACGGAUGGAACAUUUUGCCUGUCCUAUCCUAUCAUUCUGUAUUCACCAAAAGAGCUCCAAGUAACAACGAGUCAGCAUAGAUGUAGCCGUCAGAUAAGCUAGCAAUGUAACAUAACACACUAACAAAGUAAAACGACAAAUAUAAAGACACAUAUUUGUAACCAACCAUUCAGAAACGUCCUGUUGCAGCUACAGAGUUUGACUUUCUUUGGGAGCCUAUCCCUCUGGGUCAGACUCUGGGUCAGAUUGGUAGGGCUGAACCACAGCGCUUCUACGAGCCAUCACACUGCACAGGCUGUAAACAUUAGCGCAUGGUAUCAGAGCGAAAGUCACAGCCCCUUCCAGAGAUAGGCGUGGUUACACACAUCAUCAUUUAAAGGUACAGGCGCAGAAUUAGCGGAGUUCAAAAAGAGGGGGGUACAUACUGGCUGAUAUCCAUAAAUAACAACAAACAAUAGACAACUAACUUCAAAUUGACUACUUUGGGACCUCUGGGACAGAUUUAAACUUGAUGAAGAAUGCCAUACCAGGGGACCUUUAAACAGUUCAUAUUAAAUCACGAGUAUGACAUUAUUCAAAGCAAAAGUCUCCCCCUUUCCCUUGAAUUACCUUAAAAACACAUUUGAAUAUUGAAACAUGGUUCAAGGCAAUUAGAAGUUAUUGGAAGAUUGUCUGGAGCCACUGGUGUAGAUACUGAUGUAUGAAAGACAAAGGGAGGAGGUUAAAAUCAUCUCAUUACUCUCCAAUAACAACUGCACGUGGCCCUUGUACUUCCAGGAUGUCCUUCAUGAAGUUAAAAGCAGCUAUUUAGAUGUAUGAGGGUGUUGUGCUUAUUCUGCUGCAUCAUUUGCACAUGAAUGAUUUAAUUGCUGUAAACACAGUGGACAACAACGUAUAAUGCCUCUGUGUUGCGGCAGAGCACUUUUCCAAAUGAGCGCUGCAGAUUUAUCACACAUAUCCUGCCGUCUCCAAAUUGCUGUGGGAUUUAAUUAACUGAAGGAGAAGCUUUUCAUAUAGCUUAAAGCUGCUGUUAAUGACAGAUAGCGGCAAGAAUCACCCAUUAACUUUUAAUGUUUUACCGAGACGACUGUCGUAAUCGCAUAAACUUUUAUUUUUGAUGCCAAUCGAAACUCAUUACUAACUGACUGACUGACUGACUGACUGGUUUGAUUUAAAAUGUUUAUCUGCAUUAUUCCACCAUUCCAGCAUAUUUCUUUGCAAGUAAUGAGAUUUUUUUUGACAGUUUCCAAAAGAUGAAUUCUGGCCAAAAGAUAGAUGUGGUAAUAACUCCUGUCUAGCGGCAUCUAGGGUAAUAUUCACCAAAUUAGUUAUUUUGGAAGCGCAUUCAAAGGAAAACCCGUCUGUUGCUGCACUGAGGAGGAAAUUGCCCCAAAAACUGGGAAGGUAUAAACCAAGAUUAGGAACAUGCCAAUGGAAGUGAUAGUAGUGUUUACUGCUGGUGUACUGUAUGUGGUGUUUGCUCAGGUAGGAAACUGGAGCUCUGAGUGUUAAAAAAGCCCAGAGAAAUGAGAGAAGAUGAGCAUGGAUUUUAUUUUCUGCUCACAGAACGUGCUGUUUUCCGAUGAGGGGGAGGACUCGGUGCUGAAAGUAAUAGAUUUUGGAUUUGCCCGGCUGUGCCCUGCAGGCAGCGCCCCCCUGCAGACUCCCUGCUUCACACUGCAGUACGCUGCACCUGAACUCUUUGAGAGCGCAGGAUACGACAAAGCCUGUGACCUCUGGAGUCUCGGGGUCAUUCUGGUAAUUAAACUUGAAUCUUUUAAUUCUGUUUCAUCAGUAAAUUAAACUGGAGCGCUAAUGAGCUGCUCUGUGUGUUUCCUUCAGUACACCAUGCUGUCAGGCCAGGUGCCGUUUCUGAGUGAACAGCAUGGGAUGACCUCAUCGUAUGCUGCUGACAUCAUGCAGAAGAUAAAGGAAGGCGAUUUCUCAUUGGAUGGAGAGGCCUGGAAAGGAGUAUCAGAGGACGCCAAAGAGCUGGUUAAAGGUACGUGAUCUGAUGAAGGAAUCAGCUACCUCAGAUGAUUUUAUCCUCCCUUGUUUGCCAAGCACUUUAGUCUGCGCUGUACAGUUUUAAAUCAGCCGUACAAUUAAAUCUGACUUGACUUUGCAGUAGGGGGGAAUAUUUACAAAUGUCUGUCUGGGUGGCUAAUUUUAAAGAUGUUUUAAACUGGAAUGAAAGUAAACUUUCUCUGUGAGGUUGUAUGUAGAUUUAGCAAAGGCAUGAUGACCAUUGUAAGUUACACAGACAGACUUUUAUAAAUCACACGACUCAGCUGAAGAAUACUUAAAGGGUUAGACCGACGUAAUUAUAAUUUUAGGGUCAAACGCACCGCAACACAGUUAGACACCUCGUCGAGAGAUGAAUGUUGCCGACCUCUCUAAUUCUCUAAUUAUACCAACUUUAGGAACGACCGCACGAUAGCAAUACACAGCGGUCUGCCUACCCGUGCAAACCUCAACCAAAAAGCCUCUCUAUAGCCACAAAUAAUGCUUGAGCUGCGUCACCCCGCUGUAGUCGAUGAUGGACUUGUCCAAGCUAUCCCGACAAACAAGCGGCUGCUGAAAGAGAGUAGGUGAGUUGUGUUUAGUCUUUUUGCUAAAGAAAUUAGGCAAAGUUAAAAAGAUGUUUGGUAGCAAGUGCUGUGGCUGGGACCCUAUAUGUACUGUUGAUGAAGUUAGGUGCUGUUCUGAGCAUUAUUUGUGACUAUAGAGUGGCUUUUUGGUUGAGGUAUGCACCUGGCUCCUGAGACAGCUGUGUAUUCCUAUCAUGUGGUCGUUACUAAAGUUGGUAUAACUCGAGAAGCAAGCGGUUGGCAACAUUCAUCUUUGGACAAGGUGUCUAACUUGAUGUUAUGAUGUGUUUGACACUAAAUUAAGUUUACGCCAGAAUAUCCCUUUAACUUUUUUUGACUAUUUUACAUUUUCGGCUAAUCCUAUAGUGGACCAUGGUUUGCUAAGCUGUUAGAAUUCCCCACCUGUCUGCAGACAGUGCUGAGUGUGUUGCUAACAAUGUAGUCACAGCACUAUAAGCAGAGAAUGUAAAUGAUCAAAUGGUAAAAAUAAUGUAGAUAGCUGGAGGGACUCAGUGCAGAGGGAAAUGAUUGUAAUGUGUGGGACCCCCGGAGACAGCAAACGAUGGGAAACGUUGAAAUUUGUGUGGAGUUUGAACUGUGUCAGGACACUGACUUCUCACAGCACUGACGGCUCAAAGACACUACCAACUCUACAGAUCACGUUUAUUUGAACACAGAGAGUAUGUCCUGAGAAACAGCUGAUGUCCGAGUGUUAUGAGAAAAUCAUAGAUAUCGACUUGAAGAGGUCACAGACGAGGAGACAUAAAAUAUAAGAAAGAAAAAAAAAGACCGAGGGAUUUUCUUCUUUCUUCAUGUUCAUGCUGUAAAUUGCUCGUGUUAUUGUGCCGGUCUGAAAUCUCUAGCAUGUUUCUCUGUUGUGAUGUAAGAUUUUUUUUUAAUAUUCUGCUACCUUGAGCACCCUAAGAAAAUGUUUAAAAGAAUGUUUUCUUGCUACCAAAAAAAAAAAGAAAAGAAGAGCAAAAUCCAUUUUGGGGAUUUUUUUGCAUCAUCAUGAAUUUCAAAGGGUAUGACAGCUUCCUGUUGCCCCAUCAGACCAGACUGCACCUUCACAAAAAAAAAACAACAAUCUGUUUGAUACGAUGAGAAAUUUGAGGUUGAGGUAUGCACCUGGCUCCUGAGACAGCUGUGUAUUCCUAUCAUGUGGUCGUUACUAAAGUUGGUAUAACUCGAGAAGCAAGCGGUUGGCAACAUUCAUCUUUGGACAAGGUGUCUAACUUGAUGUUAUGAUGUGUUUGACACUAAAUUAAGUUUACGCCAGAAUAUCCCUUUAACUAUUUCUGACUAUUUUACAUUUUCGGCUAAUCCUAUAGUGGACCAUGGUUUGCUAAGCUGUUAGAAUUCCCCACCUGUCUGCAGACAGUGCUGAGUGUGUUGCUAACAAUGUAGUCACAGCAUGCUCUGCUUGGCAUUGUGCACAAUCUGCAUUCAGAAGUGCUUUCAUAUAGGCUCCUUUAUAGAAACCUAUCCACUAACAGCUCUGUGUCGGACAUAAUCCCACAUCAGCGUUUUGAUACACCAGUUGAGCUGCAGUGAAAACUUUCUUUUUGUAGAUUGUAGGUUUGUAAACGUGCUUUGUGUGACUCAUUUCUCAAUUCACUUGAGAAUGUGAAGCAUAAUUUCUCAGGCAGUUUUCUGAAGUCUCCUCAAGUUUUUGAGAUUUGAGCGAUUAUUUUGUACACUUUAGUUUUUUAGGACACCAAGAGUGCUGUGCGCCUCUCUUAUAUCUUAUUGUCUUAUCUUUUUUUUCUUUUUUUCGGUUGUGAUCUUUAUGGCUUAAACCAAAGGCCUGCUGACAGUCGAUCCAGAGAGACGUCUCAAACUAUCUGAUCUGAAAGAGAACAGUUGGCUGCAGGGUGGAGCCUCCAUGUCCACCACUCCUCUGUGCACGCCUGAUGUGCUUGAGUCAAGUGGGCCUACUGUACGCACCUACGUCAACGCCACCUACAAGGUAAGAGUAAUGUAUAAUUUUAUCAGAAUAUCAUAACAAAGAGGUUGAUGACAUGAUGUGCCGUCCCCCUCUUUCUUUUCUCAUUCUUGUCUCGUUGUUCCAUCAGGCUUUCAAUCGUGGUAAGAGAGAGGGCUUCUUUCUGAAAAGUGUCGACAACGCUCCUCUCGCAAAACGACGAAAACUGAAGAUGACCAGCACUGGAGUGGAGACCAGAUGGAGUUCAUCCUCAUCCUCCUCCUCUUCUUCCACCUCCUCCUCUGCCUCGGCCUCUGCAAAAGCAUCCAAAGCACAGCCAAAGCAAACUGUGAGCCCAAAGCAGAGCUAGCCUGAACGGCAGGGGAGAGAAUGAAGUGGUGUGUGUUUCUACUGGCAACACGGUGUCCUCCAGCAGUGCUAUGCUCACCCAGUUCCAAAAAACACAUACUGACAAGCCAAAAGACUGGUUUAACUUGGUAUUAAGUUUUCAAGAGAAACUAGAACUCAACUUUUUAACAGCAAAGCAACUUCAUUCAUCAUGGUGUGUUCUCCCCAAAUCACACUUGUAUUUUCAAUGAGGAGAUGAUGGUGGAGGUUUAGUUUAGUAUCUUUAUGAUGUACAGAUAUAUGUGGCCUUGAGAAAAAUAUUACUCGCUCAGUAUUCAUUCACCAUGAUAUGGUGACUUCACACACUAAAAGUCAAAAACGAGACAUUUACCCAUGUUCACUGUGGGUAAAAACAGUGCCUGGCUAUAUAGGGAAAAAGGGAAAAAGGAGCCAUAAAUGUGCAGAAGCCAUAUAUCGAGCGAAGCAGUGCGUUUAUCAAUUCAGCCGAUGUGAAUACACACAAAUUUGCACACAGCAAGUGAGAAAUCAUUCCAGGAUCAGGAAUUAGCAGGCUUAACCCUUUCCACAUAUUGAGCUAUUUCUUCAAGUUGCCAAACUUAAAAAUAAUUGGCUUAUAAAAAAAAGGCAAAAGUUUGGCCUCUGGAGCUGUGUAAACACUGCAGUGUUGUGGAAACUUGUGUUUUUUUGCUUCUCUCGGUUGUUUAGCAAAAGUUCCUGCUGUUUGCACUAUAAGCAGAGAAUGUAAAUGAUCAAAUGGUAAAAAUAAUGUAGAUAGCUGGAGGGACUCAGUGCAGAGGGAAAUGAUUGUGAUGUGUGGGACCCCCGGAGACAGCAAACGAUGGGAAACGUUGAAAUUUGUGUGGAGUUUGAACUGUGUCAGGACACUGACUUCUCACAGCACUGACGGCUCAAAGACACUACCAACUCUACAGAUCACGUUUAUUUGAACACAGAGAGCAUGUCCUGAGAAACAGCUGAUGUCCGAGUGUUAUGAGAAAAUCAUAGAUAUCGACUUGAAGAGGUCACAGACGAGGAGACAUAAAAUAUAAGAAAGAAAAAAAAAGACCGAGGGAUUUUCUUCUUUCUUCAUGUUCAUGCUGUAAAUUGCUCGCGUUAUUGUGCCGGUCUGAAAUCUCUAGCAUGUUACUCUGUUGUGAUGUAAGAUUUUUUUUUAAUAUUCUGCUACCUUGAGCACCCUAAGAAAAUGUUUAAAAGAAUGUUUUCUUGCUACCAAAAAAAAAAAGAAAAGAAGAGCAAAAUCCAUUUUGGGGAUUUUUUUGCAUCAUCAUGAAUUUCAAAGGGUAUGACAGCUUCCUGUUGCCCCAUCAGACCAGACUGCACCUUCACAAAAAAAACAACAAUCUGUUUGAUACGAUGAGAAAUUGUCUCCCCUGAUCUCAAAUGGUCUCCUGACGAUGUCUUUAUAUUUUACAGAUGUGGUUUUAAAAGACUGUAUGGAUUUAAAUUGAAAUAAUGUUGCAGAAUGAGACACUUGAUAGUGACUUUAAAAUGGUCCUAAUGUGAGCGUCCUGCAGAUCGUUUGUGUAUAUACUCCUCCAUCAAGAGCAAAAAAUAAAAAAAUCAGGUGUAAUAGUUAAAAUUUGACAACAGUUUUAAGUCUCCUGAUGUAAUUAUGUUUUUAUUGAACUUUACUUUUUUACAUGUUGCACAGUCAGUUGAUCAAUUAAACACAUUUCAGCUUUAAAGGUGCUUUCUCUGAUAUUUAUUACAUGUCAUUGAUUUUAAUGCAGUGGUAAUGGGAUUUGAUGAUUUGAAUUGGCUCUUGUGUUACAGCAUUGUGUUUGUGUGAAAGAGAGAGAGCGUGCGCGAGUGUUGCUGGGAUGUCUGUCGUACCAGAUGAAGCAUUACUGGAGGUUACUGUAUUAUUUUCUUGAUGUUGUUUGCCGCCUUGGUCUUUUUGAAGGUAUCUGGUAUCUGUUUGUGUUUGAGCGUUGACAUUUGUAAUUCAGAACCUGUGCUUUUAUUGUUGUUUCUAUUGUUUUGUCACAGUAAAAGAUGUUUCUUUCUCUCUUUUUUUCAAUUAUCGUUAUUUUACUGAGAUGCACUGUCACUGAUGUUGUAACUGGGAAUUUAUCUUUGCGCCAAGAUUUUGGGCUGGUGCAAAAUAAAUAUGACUUUCAAAUAGCUGGUUAGGUGUUUUGUGUGUGGUGUAAUAGGUCUUUGACUGUCAACACUUAUUCCACUGGGAUCCAUUAAUACUAAUGGUGAGACUUAGAGCUAUUGCUAAAAAGAACCAACAUAGUAAAUUAAACAGGAAGACUGAUAAGCUUUGACAAAAGCAUUUUACAUGAGGGAGGGAAAACGCUUUCAUUAAAAAAACAUAAAUGUCAGACAGCUCCUCCUGAAGCAAUGCUCAUACUACUCAGAUAAGACAUAUGACGGUGGAUUCGGAUCCCUCUUAUUAUUCAGGCACACCUUUUUAAAAAUACAAAUUCACUGUGUCCUCUCUCUAUAUUAUUACUAUCUAUAACAGUUAGAGGCUUGAAGAUGCAUUACUGGUUUUUGGUUAUUUUGCCUUUAUUUAUUAAAACAGCUGAAGGAAGACAGCAGGGAGUGAGUGUGGAAGACAAGCAGUACAGGGUCGAGUUUAAAAGCAAACUCACUCACUGUAAUGAGGGUAGUGGCAAUGAGUGAGUUAGCUUUCAGUACAGGACAUGCUUUAAGGUAAACUGGCAUCCAAGGAUGUUGACUUGGCUGAAAAAAAAAAGUACAUUUGACAAGUAUUGAAAUGCAAGACCUCCAGCUAACUGUUCAGAUAUCAUUUCUAUAGCAGUUCUGUGCCUGUGUAAAGUUUAAAAAAGUGCCUAAAUAAAAGGGAUGGAUGGUAGCUGACAAGAGCAGUUAUUCUAGUUUUUUGCAGUGCAUUCAGUCAUUCCUUUGGAGCUUAUGUCUGUGCUUACAUUUGUUUUGGACUUUCACACAUUUUUGAAUGUGCUUCAUUCCGGUUUGCAGCAUAUUUCUCAUUUGGGCGAUUGAGAAUCACAUGCCUUUCAGCCACCAUAGAAAUGUGGUUUUACAAGGUUUUUUUUCCCAACAGCAACCAAAAGAUUUGCCAAAUGUUAAAAAUUGCAAUUAGUUUCAUUGACUAUCACAUCAAUACAUUUGAACACGGCCAGAUUGGUGAUAUUGAUAUUUGGGGAUCAACCUGCCACAUGCUUGGUUUCGACAUCUGUAACUCUUUUCUGCACAUUGCACUGAAAAGCAAAUUGUUUGGAUAUUUCUGUCAGUUAGAUUAUAGCUGCUUACAAUAGCUAUGAUUACAUUCUGAAAAGAGAUUCAGUGUACUCUGAAAGCUCCCCGAGGUCUUUGUUAAAAGUUUGACUGUUUACUGAGACACCAAGCUUCCAUGAGGAUCAGGUUUAAGAUGAAAGCUUUAUUGUUCUCGAUGCUUUAUUAUUUGUGUGCUGUCAGUUUCAGGUACUUGAGACGGAUCGAGUAUGUCUGACUUCCUGAAACAGUGUUUCAUAGCCUGCCCUAUUCAGUCAGAAACACAGCACUCUUCAUUUGUAUGUGUUAGCAGUUAGCACUGGUAGGUUGACCCUGGAGAAAAUAGGCAUAGUUGUACCAACUUUUGAGCUUUUUGCUUUUUCUUAUUCCUGUCAGCUAGAAAUGGUGUCCUUGAAAUUCCUGAGCUGUAUGACUGCUGAAAUCUUUAACAGGGAAUUUUUGUGACAAUAAAAGUGUGAGGUAGCAGAAACAGGAGAAUAAAUGAAGUGAAUUUAGCCCACUUUUCAGCUGUGUGAGAUAAGUUUUGCCUUUCAAACAGUCCUUUACAUGUCUCAUUUUAUGUGUAUCUAUUCCAGACAGGCUCACUGCUUUUUAGAUGAUGUUUCUGGCGCGUUGUUUGGCAUGAUUAUCCUGGCUUCUUUGUUGAAAAGUUUGUUGGUCACUGACUUUGAUAGAGUUUUUCAAAUCCUCAUCAAAAUUAGAUUUUUGGAGAGAAACAUCUAACAGUCUGUCAGGGAUUCUCAUUUGCACGACCACCUGCUCACGAUACAUGACCCCGCCUCAUAGCUGGCUGCCAACUGGAGACAUAUUCAGGUGAGUGGGACUGCUUUGGAAAUAUCAAGGUUGGCAUUUAGCUCCCUGUCUUGAGAGUUAACAGUUGACACACUUUUAAAUAUAAAUGGGGAAAAUGCUGCAAUUUUUAACAUUGUUACUUUUGUCACAACCUCCUUUAGUUUAAGUCACUUUUAGAUCAGAUUAGAUAUACUUAAUUGAUCCUUUUGGGAAGAAAUUUAAAUUUAAGCAGCAUCAGUCUGUGCAGAAAAAAAAGACAAGCAACUACAGAUAAAUUUAGUAUUAGCAUAAAAAAUAAAGCUGUGGACAUCUGCACAUUUAAUAUCAUUCUUGGUGAUUCACCCACUGAUCUAUAAUGCCACUGUGUCAACUGGCCAAGGUGAAAUGAUCCCGACAUGUUAAUGCAUAUUGAUUCGAUAUGACACAGGCAAACAAUUUGUAUCUGGCAUUGCCUUAGCUAAUGAGAAAUGAUGACUGUUGUAUUAUGCAGAUGACACACAACUCUACGUCACAGCUGAUUCUGCAGCUUGAGACUCCCUCACAGCCUGAGUUUUACCGUUAAAUGAAUAAGUGAUGGAAUUAAAUGUUUCCUUAGAGUGAAAUUAAGAUAAAAAGGACUUUCGAAUGAAAAACUGUAAGUAGUUUUAUCUCUAGGCCGUGAGGUUACGAGUCUUUGUUCCAGAUAAAUAAUGCAUUGAACAAAGCUCAAGUGGGACCAUUCAUAAAUCAGAAAGACGCUGAAAACUCAUUCAUGCCUUUAUUUGAAGCCGGCUCGAUUACUGAAAUGCACUUUUCAUUGCUUUUCAAACAUAUAUGAGAUAACAUCAGCUCAUUGUUGCUUUUAACUACAUUUUAUUAAACUAAAGAAGGUUUUUUUCUGCCAGUCUUUGACAAUAAAUUUCCACUCAUGCUGAAGCUGCACACACACACACACACACACACACACACACACACACACACACACACACACACACACAAACACACACAAAGGUUUUUCUGUUUUGGUAGCAGGAGGUUCAUCAUCCUUGUCUCUGUAAUGAGUUAACUGAACCAUUAGGUGGCUGCUGUGCGCUGUCCUGUGCUCUUGGUGUUUAUGGUUUUAUCUCACUCAUAAUGUCAUAUCAUGUCAGAUCUGUAGUUCCUCUCGGUCUUACUGUGGUCCCCUUUGCUUCAGAUGUAAAUAUGUAUGGAUGUAUGGAAGCCUAGAGAGGCAUGAGAGGAAAAUAGAAAAGGAUUUUGACGAUCCAUUUGUAGGUCCUGGUGGUCCUGAAUUUAUCCUCUGAUGUCUUCAUGCUUUACUGGUUAAAGCAUAAAGGUGCGUUUUCCUCUAGACUGAUCUUUACAGGUUGCCGUUUCUCUGUUGACUAAGUAGGAGGAAAAUUGCUUAGUGCCAAUGACGUUUUUUUUUCAGGCUAAUUUUUUUUUAAAGUUUUUGCAUUGUUAUGAUGUUACAGACUGUUACAUCAACAGGUAAAAAAACACAUUUAGGGGGAAAAAUAAAUUAAGACAUAAAAUAAAGUAGACUUUUUAUUUAACAUGUUUUAGAUAAAUUUAAAAAAGUUCUGUGCCUGAAAAUUUUUUUUCAAUGUUAUACAUUGAGUAAAAAAGGAUGUAAGGUAUCCAAAUAUUGGUAUCCUUAACAGACCUCUCACUGGACCUUUACAGUCAGCUGAUUGCAGAUAUAGCCUCUGAUUGGUUGAGAGGCCAAAACAUUCAUAAAAGCCUCUAUCUUUCAUCUUUAGCUAACAGACAUUGCACCUUUUCCCGCUAAAGUUAACACAUAAUUCAGCACAGAUAACUUUUGUUUUUGAGGGAUUGGAUCCAGACAGUCUCUGAAAAUAAAAGAAUCCUUUUUCUGAAAGCUGCCGGCAGUCUAACGGAUCUGACAAAGCAAGUGGUUUUACAACAAGUUGCAACACCGUACUGCUCUAGUUUCAGAGCUGAUGUCACAUGUAUCCAACAAUUACAUGUUGGAAACAACAGUGUUGAUUCUGUGACUUGAAUAUCAGAUGAUCCCAGCUUUAUUCAGAUGUAAUCUGUUGGUCAGAGUACUGAUGUGUGAGAGCUCAACUGAGUGUAAAAAUGUAAUGGAGUAGGAGUAAUAUUGUACGUCUUUGAGUAGAAAGAAGCCCAACUUGAACAAUACUCAUGAACCUAAAUGUUACAGAGUAAGAGCACUGAUGUAAUGAUGUAAUGUUACAACCAACCUCUGGACUCGCUAAAUGGACAUUUUCUUCCUCAUUUUCCUCCGUGGGCCUCUCUAAAUUGUCACCCUGCUCAUUAAAAACAGCGUGUAAGAUCACUUAAAAUGGCUUCCGUUGUUUCUAUUUGCAGUGAUCUCAGCCAUGACGGCCACUGACAUAAGAUUUAGACUGUUACACAUGCUACAUCUCCUCAUUACACCACUUGACCGCUUAAAACAUAACUCAGGACAGGACACCAAUUAACAGCCAGGACAGAGGGACCAGGACACAGCCAUACAGGGCAGGACAGAAAAGGACACCACAGCCACCUAAUGAUACGAGACCUUCAUUAGACGGGACAAGACACUAAAUUACACCAUCUAACUAAAUUACAGCCUUUCUGGUGUAGCACAGAGGCAGCAGCCUGUAAAAGACUGCAGAGGGUUUGUCGAGCUAAACAGAAGCACAGAUCAAAAGAAAGUGCUAAGCUGAGUGAGACAAAUCUGCUGAAUUUUCUAUGGAUAUAGUUUUCUGUUAUCUUGUCAAAAUUUUAUUGUAUUUUUUCAAAGAGGAGGGUCAACUUAUUAUUUCAGCUGAAGCUGGCAAAGUCAAUUAAACCCUGUAUUUAAAAAAAAAAAAAAAAACAUUGACUUUCUCUUUUUACAUCAUUACAGCAAUCAAACUCUCGAAGGAAACCAUGAUUUUUUUGUAUAUGUGGUUUAAACAGACUGAUUAUGAGUGAAAAAAAAUAAGUGAACUGCUGACCUGCAUGUACGUGCCUACUUGGUAUAUUUUUUCCCUCAGCAAAAUAAGUGAGAGAAAAAUGGUGUGCCCCCUUGUCCUAGUACUCUCUUGAUACCUUGUUGUAAACCCUGAGUGAGUGUGAAGCAGUGUGUAUUUUUAUGUUUAGAGGAGUGAUGUUGGCCUUUUUUCCCCCCUAUAAAAAACUUUGAAAAGCUAGCCUAAACUUUUGGUUUCCAUAGUUGAUCACCUCAGCUUUAAAAUUUAAUGUAAAGCCAAAGGACUGACAUAAGAUGAUAUCAAGACUGACCAUUUUUAUGUUAAAACAAAACAGUGUGAGGUGGUAGCCAUAGUUUGAAAUUUGAAAAUUUGACUUAAAAAUUGAAUAAAAAAUUAAACAUUUGGCUGUUAAAAGUCAGCAGGAUAAGUUUUUGAAAGCUAGUAACGCACAUAAAAGACAAAAUAAACAGAGACUGCUUUGUCCACAGGGGGCGCCAAAAUUGACACAAAUAAAAAGUCCCUCAUGGGAGCUCGAAACUGAUCAUGCAAAAUGACUGACAGUCUGCUGCUGUGCUAGCAGCUCUGUAUUAAAUGCUUAUA